AACGUAGUUUUUCCACUACACGGAAAGAAUUGUUGGCCAUUAUCGAAUCGGUUAAGCACUAUGGACAUUAUCUGUUUGGAAGACAUGUUAAGUUUACAGUUAGAACGGAUCACAACGCCUCUCAACCGAGAAGCUUCAAAGAACCGGUCGGUCAAAUCGCUCGAUGGCUUGAAUUUCUGUCUGAGUUUGAUUUCGUGGUUGAGCAUCGUCCUGGAAAGAGUCGUGCCAAUGCAGAUUUACCAAGGAGACCGAGUGCCGAGGGAAGUCCUGAUAAUACCAAACACGUGGUUGAGGAGAUGACAGUGAAUGCUAACGUAGAUAACGGAAAAUGUGUCAUGGCAGUGAGUAAAGAGAAUAUUGAGGAAGGUUCCAGCUGGAUUCCCAGAAUGUCAGAAGACCAAAUAAGACAAGCCUAA